UUUACAAAAAAAUUAUAAAAUAAUAACAAAAAUCUAACUUGUUAAUGGUGGUUUCGGAACGUGACACGCUAAGAACCUCUUAAAUGACAGCUUGAUUUGGUUUGGUUUCCGCUACUGUGCUAUUGUAAUAUUUUUCGGUUUUUAAUACGAAAAUCGCAAGAAAAUGUCUAUUUCUACAGCUACAGAUGAACGAACAGAGGGCGACGACGAUACAUCACAAGGAAGCCAACCCAAAGAUGACAGCAGUGAUUCUGAGAAUGAGAACGAAAAUGAAAAUGGCAAUGAUCCUCAAAGCCAAAAUGGGGGCACACCAAGCCCUGAAGUCCAUGAGAUUACCAGUGAUGAAGAAGAGGAUGCCGGAGACGGAGUCUCCAAUGAUGAUGACUCUUCAAACUCAAGUUCAGACAGUAAUGACAGUUCUGAAGAAUCACAACAUAGCAAUAAGCAAAUAGAUCAGAAAAAAGAAGAACAGAUGGAAAAUGGUGAGGAAGAGUCAGAUAUUGAAGAGGUUUCUAUGGAGGAUCCUCUGAACCAAUCACAUAAAAAUAAACCAAUUGUAAUCAAUGAUACUAAAAGCUUAGCAGAACUGGCAAACAAACAGUCAAACAGCAACGGAGAUCAGAAGGAGCCUACUGUUGUUAUAAUUGAUACCAACUCUAUACUUUCUGGGAAGAGCCAGACUUCUAUAUCAAGUAAACCUUCAUCAAGUGUUUUAGAUGCUCACAAUUUGUGCCAGAGCAUUGCUGCCCGUGGAACCACUAUAACACCAGUGAGUUGUAAAUCUAGUGUUUUAAACCAAGGCUCCCAGGCUAACAGUGUGCCCACCCCACAGCCCAAUAUAUUGCCCUCCCUCACAGAUGACAUGUUUGUCGUGGAAGCCCCGUCAUUCAUUGUUCCUUAUGUUUAUGAAAAGCCUUCUAUCAAGCCUUUUAGAGAGUUUGUGGAUAAAUUGGGCAAGGAGCUUGAAGAAAUAAAACUCAAGGAAGACCAAGAAAGGCAAGAAAAGGAGAAAGCUGAAAAAGAGAGGAAAGAGAAAGAACGGCAAGAGAGGAUCGAAAGGGGGGAGGAAGUGGAAGAGGAGCCAGAAGCUGGUUCCAAAACUGAGGGAGCUAAGGAGAAGAAAGCAGAAAAACGGAAAAGAAAACAAAGAACUGAGGAAGAUGAUGAUUCCUGGGAUGGCGAGUCAAGUACAGAGUCUGAAGACGAGCCGAUUAGUGACGAUGACACCGUUGUUAUCAAAGACAAAGAUGACUCCAAUAUUAGAGACCCUAUGGGCUUAUUUCCGAAAAGCAUAUCAGGAAAAUCUGAUAGCUACUUCGAUUGUACUUUGGGACAGUUCUUCAUCAACAUUGGGUUAAAUUUAGUACAAGAAUUUGUACAAAGUGACCUACUAAAGCAACAAAAUCGUAAAUUAUAUAAGGAAAAGAAAUCUGGACGUAGCACAAAGGCCACAGAAGGGGCCAUAGUUUCCCUAACUCAAAACUUAGAAUUCAGCAAACGAACAAACGCUCCAUAUGCUUUAAAAAUGAAGAGAUGUGAAAUAUGUAGUUUUAAGACAGAGUCUAUAUUAGUGAUGGCCCAUCACUUAGAAGCACCUCAUAUGCGUAACAAUAUUUAUAAAUGUAACACUUGUGCAUUUGAAAUUAGGAGUCCCCAUGACAUUCUAUUUCACAUGGAGGCCGAGCAUAAUAUCAGAGGCAGGCUGGAAAGGGCCCCAGCCUACCAACAGUGUGCUAAUUGUCACUUUGAGGACAACAGCAAAACCAAACUGGCAAGGCAUCUUAUCGCUUGUGCUAAGAAAUUCAAGCCAGAAUUUAAUCUCGGACCUCCGUUAGAGUGGGAGCCACCUGCGAAAAUACCAAAGUUAACCCGUGCGCGUAACAAUAUGGUGGCCCCCUAUCAGUCCAACUUUAGCCGAUCCCAAGUAGGUAUGAACCUCGGCAGGCCUCCACUAAACAUGGGCAAUGUGAUCCCCGGCAUGCCGGUGCUGGGCCGCCCGCGCGGGCGCCCUCCCUUGUCCACGCCGCGCCCAGCCGCCGUCUCAGGCGUGCCUAUCAUUCGCAGCGGCCUCAUGAUUAUGCAUAAUAAUCCUCCCCCGGGUACCACAAUUUCUAAUUAUCCCCUGAUUCAAAACAAUCUAGGCAAUAAUAAUGCUUCAGCCACACCUAAGAUAUCCAUCACCCCACUUCCUCGUCCGCCACAACCUUCCUCUUCACAAUUGACACAAAACUCGAAAGCGGCAUUCGUCAUUUGUGAAAUAUGUGAUGGUUAUAUCAAGGAUUUAGAGCAGCUGAGAAAUCACAUGCAAUGGAUUCACAAAGUUAAAAUCCAUCCUAAAAUGAUUUAUAACCGACCCCCUCUAAACUGCCAAAAGUGUCAGUUUAGGUUUUUCACAGACCAGGGUCUAGAACGUCAUCUUCUCGGCUCGCACGGCUUGGUGACCAGCUCUAUGCAGGAGGCGGCCAACAAAGGCAAGGAUGCAGGGCGCUGCCCCGUGUGCGGCCGCGUGUACCAGUGGAAACUACUGAACCACGUUUCUCGCGACCAUAAUAUGACACUCAAGCCCGCUCAUUUGUCAUAUAAGUGCACAGUAUGCACUGCCACGUUCGGCAUGUACAAACAAUUUGAAAAUCACGUAUACUCUGCGCACAGCGUUGUCGCCAAGCGUGUGAUGGACAAAACUAAAACUACGUCUGCCAAGCCCAUGGAGGAUUCAUUGCUGAAGCCUUUAAAAAUAAGCGACGAAAUAACUAUUAUCCCGCAGCCCGCGAAAUCCACAGUUACCAUUACCGCGAAAGGGAAAUAGCAGUAAAGAGGAGGGCGUGAGCCGGCGGACGCCUACAAGCCUUGAUGCAUCUAACCACCACAAGCAGUAUUGUGUACAUAGAACUAAAUCAUACAUUAUAAACACUAUUUAAAUAUUCAUGUUGCAAGCUGAGACAUAGUGACAAUGUAGUUAAUGGAAUAAGUGUGAAUUUUAUUUUUAAUAAAAUCAAAUUACAGCAUAGCAUAAGUUGUAAAUUCAAUGUAUAAAACUACAUAGAUAUCAAUCGAAUUGUGAGUUUUGCAUCAUAGGCUUUUACUUUAGCACUAUGUAUCGCAACUUGCGUACUGAUAAAUGCUGUUGAAUGUCACAAAGUUGAUAGAUCUGUACCCUUGAUGUAUAUGAUGUAUUAGUGAAUGGUGUGCAGGGAAGUGCAUUGUGAGUCGCGCAAGUUGCAUUUCUUUUCCAUAAGUAGUCUUUAUUUAUUGCAGAAUCGCUAUUCGUAUUUAUAGGCUGAUUUUAUGAAUUAUGUGUCACGCCUUUUUUAAAUUUAAAUAGAUCAACUGCUGUGUUUUCAAAUUAUUGUAAAAUAAUUAAAUUUUAGGUAGAUACUUUCCAUUAUGAAUGUAUAAUAAAUUAAUUAUGACUAAGAUUAUCUUAUUAUAAAUUACGGAAUUAAGAAACUCUUAGAUUAUAUUCUUGACUAAGUGAAUAAUAAUAAUUUGAAGUGAAUUUUGCCCUCCCAGCCCCACAGAGCCGGCGCCACGUCGCGCCGCGCAGGAUUCAUCUUAUUUAUUUCUGAUCUCAGGUCAACAGACUGGAAUGUUGAUUUGGUAAAGGUUUACUAAAUUGUUAAUGUACUUAUAGAACCGCAAAUGAUGUAUUUUUUUUAUUUAAUUAAAAAUACCAUUGUAAACAAUG